GGGGGGGGCGGGGCCGAGGCUGGCGGGCGCGGGGAAAAUGGCGUCGGCGGGGGUUGCGACGAACGGGACCGGAGGGAGCAGCGGGAUGGAGGUGGAUGCAGCAGUAGUCCCAAGCGUGAUGGCCUCCGGGGUGACUGGCAGUGUUUCAGUCGCUCUUCAUCCCCUCGUCAUUCUCAACAUCUCAGACCAUUGGAUUCGCAUGCGCUCCCAGGAGGGGCGGCCCAUGCAGGUGAUUGGGGCUCUGAUCGGGAAGCAAGAGGGCCGAAAUAUCGAGGUGAUGAACUCCUUUGAGCUGCUGUCCCACACCGUGGAAGAGAAGAUUAUCAUUGACAAGGAAUAUUAUUACACCAAGGAGGAGCAGUUUAAACAGGUAUUCAAGGAAUUGGAGUUUCUGGGUUGGUAUACUACAGGGGGGCCGCCGGACCCCUCCGACAUCCACGUCCAUAAGCAGGUGUGCGAGAUCAUCGAGAGCCCCCUCUUUCUUAAGCUGAACCCUAUGACCAAGCACACAGAUCUUCCCGUCAGCGUUUUUGAGUCUGUCAUCGAUAUAAUCAAUGGAGAGGCCACAAUGCUGUUUGCUGAGCUGACCUACACUCUGGCGACAGAGGAAGCAGAACGCAUUGGUGUAGACCACGUGGCCCGAAUGACAGCAACAGGCAGUGGAGAGAACUCCACUGUAGCUGAACACCUGAUAGCACAGCACAGCGCCAUCAAGAUGCUGCAUAGCCGUGUCAAGCUCAUCUUGGAGUACGUCAAGGCCUCUGAAGCGGGAGAGGUCCCCUUUAAUCAUGAGAUCCUGCGGGAGGCCUAUGCGCUGUGUCACUGCCUCCCAGUGCUCAGCACAGACAAGUUCAAGACAGACUUUUACGAUCAAUGCAAUGACGUGGGGCUCAUGGCCUACCUUGGUACCAUCACCAAAACGUGCAACACCAUGAACCAGUUUGUGAACAAAUUUAACGUCCUCUAUGAUCGACAAGGCAUCGGCAGGCGGAUGCGGGGACUCUUCUUCUGAUGGGGUACUUGAAGGAAUGAUGCACAGGGGUCAGACAGUAGCUGUCCGGGAGGGGAGGGGUGCUGUACUUCCUUCACAGAAACCUGUCAUUAAUAAAAGGGGGAGCAGCCCCUCAGCACCCCU